AUGAUUAUUAAGUUAGUGGUUGGAGGGUGCACCCUAAAUGUCGUUAGCGCCUAUGCGCCGCAUGCGGGCCUAGAUGAUGAGGUUAAACGGCGCUUCUGGAAGAGGUUAGAUGAGACGGUGCGCCAGGUUCUGCCUGCUGAGAAGCUAUUCAUAGGAGGGGAUUUCAAUGGUCAUAUUGGGUCGACUGUAGGUGGUUAUGGCGAGGUGCAUGGAGGUUUCGAUUUUGGGGAGAGGAACGGAGGAGGUACCUUGCUGUUGGACUUCGCUAAGGCUUUUGGGUUGGCGAUUGCAAACUCUAGCUUUCUGAAGAGGUAG